AUGGGCAACACAAGCGACCGCCACGGGGCUAAAGCCCACCGCUCGGACAGCAGCGGAGGUCACAAGGACCACGAGCCCAGCAGUAAGAUGGUGGACAGCACGGACGACCCGAACAUUUUCAACACACACGGGCCGGAUUCCAAGGUGUUGGGAGAAAAAGAAUUCCCUCCGGAUCUGGACGACUUGGUGAAAACCGUUCCUCAGGCUCGUCCGACUGUAAUCCGAUGGGCCGGAGGAGGGAAGGAGGUCUACAUAGCUGGCUCUUUUAAUAACUGGAGCACUAAAAUACCGCUCAAUAAAAGCCACAAUGACUUUGUAGCAAUCCUGGACUUGCCUGAAGGUGAACACCAGUACAAGUUUUUCGUGGACGGGCAGUGGGUACACGAUCCAUCAGAGCCAGUGGUAACGAGCCAACUGGGCACCAUCAACAACCUGAUUCAUGUGAAGAAAUCUGACUUUGAGGUGUUCGAUGCCCUACAAGUCGACUCGCUGGAGUGUUCCGAUACCUCAGAUUUGUCCAGCUCCCCUCCCGGCCCGUACGGGCAAAAUCAAUACGUCUUCAAACCCGAGGGGCAUUUUAAAGGUCCGCCUAUCCUUCCCCCUCACCUCCUUCAAGUCAUACUCAACAAGGACACCAAUAUUUCAUGUGACCCCGCCCUGCUGCCUGAACCCAACCAUGUCAUGCUCAACCAUCUGUAUGCGCUCUCCAUAAAGGACGGCGUCAUGGUGCUGAGCGCGACCCACCGUUACAAGAAGAAAUACGUGACCUCGCUGCUGUACAAGCCCAUCUAA